AGGUUUUUAAUGACACAAGUAUUACAAAUAUUUAAAAACAGGAUGGAUCACCUUUACAGACCAUCAAAGCUGUGCUCUUCUAGUGUAGCACAAACUGCACAUUUUUGUAAUAUUAGCGAGAGGUGCCUUUGUUUUUAGAUUCUGUUCUCCAAGUUAUGAGUUACAAAGAAAUGGAAUUGUUCCUCUGGCUGCAUAUUUGUUCUGACACCAGCCACUGAACAUCACCUUGUGUCCGUUAGAGGGCGACACCGAGGCGCAGAGGGGCCGGCCCAGAGCCAGUCCCAGGCAGGCUGUAGUGCCACUCAGCCGGGUACAGCAGACAGACACAGAGAACGGCUGGUGGAAGGAGGAAGGCUCCUCAUGACGCCGGGUUUUACCGGGAACUGAAAAAACCAUCUACCUGCUUUGGAAGGAGGAAAUUUACGAGAACAGAAUGCUUCGUGUUUGGAUGCUGAUGGUGGCGGUGCAGGCGGUGGUUGUGGUUGGAGAGGCCGAGCAAUCGUUGUCAAGCAAGCAGGGGUCGUUGCCAUGCACGAGGGGGUUUACACAGGAGGAAUACAUCAUCGAGAUGGAACCAGAGCUGGCGAAGGGACAGGCUGUCUGCAACGUGAGCUUCCUGGACUGCGGCGGGGGGAAGGUCUGGUUCCAGGUUGGAGAUAAACAUGAUUUCAGUGUGAAUGAGGACGGUGGGGUCUACGCCCUGCACCACCUAAACCUGCUGGGAAAGGAGAAGGCUGUGCUGGUCUACGCCCUUGACCUGCACACGAAACAGGUCUGGAAGGCCAGAAUUCAUCUCCGUGUUCAUCCGAGCAACAGCACUCAAACUGAGGUAAAGCCCAGUGAUGCAACACUGACUCAGCAGGUACCAGAGAUCUUGUUUCCAUGGCGCAGCGUUGUUGUCAGAGGCGAUGGUACUCUGAGGCGAGUGAAGAGGGACUGGGUCAUUCCGCCUAUCAACGUUCCCGAGAACUCACGAGGACAGUUCCCUGAGGACCUAGUCAGAAUCCGCUCAGACCGGGAUAAGAACCGAAUGCUGCGCUACAGUGUGACGGGACCUGGGGCUGACCAGCCUCCCACUGGGAUCUUCAUCAUUAACCCCAUCUCAGGCCAGCUGUCGGUCACCAAGCCUCUGGACAGAGAGCACAUCUCCAAUUUCCACUUGCGAGCCCACGCAGUGGACCUGAAUGGGAAUCAGGUGGAGAACCCCAUCGACAUCGUCAUUAAUGUCAUCGACCAGAACGACAACAGACCAGAGUUCACUCACAGCAUCUUUAAUGGCUCCGUCCCCGAGGGAUCCAAGCCUGGAUCCUUCGUGAUGACGGUGACAGCAGUGGACAAGGAUGAUCCAAAAACUGCCAACGGGAUGCUGAGAUAUAAAAUCCUUUCCCAGAAUCCCCAGAGCCCCUCCUCCAACAUGUUUACCAUUAACAACAAGACUGGUGACAUCAUCACUGUGGCGGCAGGCCUUGAUCGGGAGAAAGUCACGCAGUACACCCUGAUCAUCCAGGCCACGGACAUGGAGGGGAAUCCCACCUACGGCCUUUCCAACACUGCCACCACCGUCAUCAGGAUCACUGAUGUCAAUGACAAUGCUCCAGAGUUCACCACAGAGACAUUCUUCGGAGAGGUUCACGAGAACAGGGUGAACGUGAUCGUGGCUAACCUGACCGUGACAGACAAAGACCAGCCUCACACUCCGGCCUGGAGCGCCGUGUACCGCAUCAUCGCCGGGGACCCCACGGGACGCUUCUCCAUCCCCACCGACCCCACCACCAACGAGGGCCUCCUCACUGUGGUCAAGCCCAUAGAUUACGAGAGCACCCGUUCCUUCAUGCUGACUGUGGAAGCAGAGAACGAGGUCACGCUGGUCCGCGGCAUCCACUUGCCUCGUCAGUCCACGGCAACCGUCUCUGUUCGAAUCCUGGAUCUGAACGAGAGCCCGGAGUUUCGCCCAAACCCGAAAUCCAUGCGACUGGAGGAGGGUCUGUCGGCCGGGUCCAUGCUCACCACUUUCACUGCGCAGGACCCCGACCGCUACAUGAGACAAACUAUCAAGUACUCCAAGAUGUAUGACCCUGCCAACUGGCUGGAGAUUAACCCGGCUAACGGACAGAUUUCCACCAUCGCCAUUCUUGACCGAGAGUCUCCAUAUAUCAAGAACAACCACUACAACGUUACCUUCAUGGCAUCUGAUAACGGUACCCCCCCUGCCAGUGGGACAGGCACCCUUCAGAUUUACCUGAUUGACAUAAAUGACAAUGCACCUCACGUGUUCCCGCCUGAGGUGGAAAUGUGUGAGAGGCCGGAGCCCAAUGCUCUCAACCUCACAGCCAGCGACCCCGACCUGAGUCCCAAUGCUGGACCUUUCGCCUUCGAGCUGGCCAAUCGUCCCUCAGAUGUACGUCGCAACUGGACUCUCCAUCGCCUCAACGGUGAGCAUGCCCAGCUUCGACUGCGGAUAGGUUUCCUGGCCAGUGGGCUCUAUGAGGUUCCCAUCACAAUAACAGACUCUGGCAACUUGCCCAUGUCCAACACAUCCUACCUGAGGGUCAAAGUGUGUCAGUGUGAUCACCAUGGAGACUGUGUGGACAUGGAGCGAAUCAUCGCAGCUGGACUGGGCACCGGAGCGAUCAUCGCCAUCCUCAUCUGCAUCAUCAUCCUGCUAGUGUUGGUGCUGCUGUUUGUGAUGUGGAUGAAGAGGAGGGAUAAGGAACGUCAGGCCAAGCAGCUCCUCAUCGACCCGGAGGACGACGUACGAGACAACAUCCUGAAAUAUGACGAGGAGGGAGGUGGAGAGGAGGACCAGGACUACGACCUGAGCCAGCUGCAGCAGCCUGAUGCCCUGGAGCCAGAGUGCGUCAAAGUGGGGAUCAGACGUCUGGAUGAGAGGCCCCUCCACCAUGACCACCAGUACCCGCUCCGCUCCGCAGCCCCCCACCCAGGAGACAUAGGCGACUUCAUCCAUGAGGGUCUGAAGGCAGCAGACAACGACCCCACCGCUCCUCCCUAUGACUCCCUGCUGGUGUUUGACUAUGAAGGCAGCGGCUCCACCGCCGGCUCCCUCAGCUCCCUGCACUCCUCCUCGAGCUGCGGAGACCAGGAUUACGAUUACCUGGGCGACUGGGGGCCACGCUUCCGCAAGCUGGCCGACCUGUACGGCGGAGGGGAUGAUUAGCACUCCCUACUAACAACGGCCACUCUGCCCCCCACCCUUGCUUCGGAGCACAGGUGGUGGGUGGGGUAAAGAAAGAUGAAAUUGGGUAAACACGGGGUUUGGAUCUGCACUUCUGUAUUUCUGCGGGACAGCUUGUAAAGAGACUCGCUGCCUCUUAAGGACAGUUUGAUGGCACUAGGGGCCAUGCUGACUCCUGGCCUAGCAAGGCCUGGCACUGGCUAGCAUUCAGGCUAACUGACAUGAUCUGGGCGUUAGCCUCUGUGCUAACAAACGCGAGCAGCCAGAACAAUGCUCUCAGAGAGGAUGUUGUCUUUGUGAUGGUCGAGAGCUUCGACAGCCAUGCUACAGACGCUCAUUUACACUUGAAUCUUACAGUACAGCAGCACUGGGGUCAAAUGUGCCUUUUGUACAUUCUUUUGAUUGUGUUCAGUCUUGAUUCUUUUUGUUGCUUUAAAUUUCCCGGUGUUUUGCAGCAGCAACUGGAGGAGCACUGCGCCAUGUUAAUGAGUGUGUGUGUGUGUGUGUAUGUUCGAGUUCCACCUCAUAACGUGUGUGUGUGUGUGUGUGUGUGUGUGUGUGUGUGUGUGUGUGUGUGUGUGUGUGUGUGUGUGUGUGUGCGAGCAAGUGUAAACCGUUUCCACAGAGACACACUGGAUGGAUACUCUAAAGGGUAAAGCCUACUAUGAGAUGCCUUGGAUGAUCCUACCAGCAAAAACAUGGCUUCAGUGUGCAACUCUGGGUUUCACACGGCCUACAGUGUCAAACGUCUAGACUUGGAUUUGAUCCAACACAUUGUACUUACAGUCGCAGCUGCGUGUGUUGCUUGGUGGCAGUGGUUACUUGAAGCACAUUUUCACAGUGCUCUAGUAUUAAUGUGACUGUCUGCAUCAACAAACCUGGACAAGCUCAGAAGUUUUCAUUUUCUUAAUGCUUCUUCGCACGCCGCAAAUUCUGAUCAUUUAGUAUCCGUCCUGGUCUUUGAGUAAAUAGCUACACAGAAACGUUGCCUCGUCUGGCUUUCACUCUUAGAUGGUCGAGAACAUUUAGUUGGCCAAAAUGAGUUUAAACAACUGUUUCUGAUCUGUGAGGUUUGUGCAAACACACGAUGUUAUUUGUGGUGCAGUUAAACUGUUGUGGUUACGUCCUUGCUGUGCGUUCACAAAAGGGAAUUCAGAAUGGGAUGCAGUUUAGCUUGUUUGCAGGAUGACAAAACACUGAAGCAAAGCAGUGAAAAACAAGUAGAUAAAAUAUAAUUUCCAUUUGGGUGUUUGUGCAGAUGAAAGCAAAAAAGAAAAAGAAAAACGGCAACAAAGCAUCAAGGCCACAAACAAAGGAGCUGGAAUCUAAAAACAUUUUUGUUUGCUGAGCCGCUGUUAGAGGAAGUGACAGAUAAAAUUAAAAUUCCCAUCAUAAAAGAAAUGGAUUGGGUAAUGAAAUAUUUAAUGAAUAUGACAGAGAUGGCAGCAGUGGGGCUGUGUCUGGGCUGAGCAGACGCACUCUGGAUGGAGCUUUUAUUUACAGGUGAGCAUUUAUGUUUGAUGAACAGGUUGUGGACAGAAUAUAAAGUGACUGACUGCUGACUGAUGUUCAGCCUUGACAGGUUUGUGGUUAAGCGUGUAUAUGCAUAUUUGUACAAAAGGAAAUUUUAAGGUACAGGAAACCUAAUGGUAGUGUGUCUCAUGUAUUAUCCAACCAACCUUUGCCAUCUUGUAUUUUAGCAGGUCUGUGCAGAGCUAUAGAGACACACACAGCAAACACAGCUGCUCAGCAUUCAGGACCAAACAAAGUCAACAGGCCAACAGGUGGUUUGUGUCCCACAGAAGCUGAAACAGUAACAUGUGUCACCUCCCAUUACUCUGUUUUUCAUAACAACCAACAGAAGAAAGAGGACAGUAACAUGAUCAGAGCUCCUGUGGUUUCACUCGGCUUCCUCCAGCCUUCUCCUGUUUGUCGUCUCUCUGUUUAAGAGCAGAGUGAAUCCUGCCCACUAAUGUAAACCUGCUGCUGUCUGUGAGAGAAUUUCAUCUUUUUACAAAGUUCAAAAACUUUCAGACACGUAUUAGUUUCUGUUCACGCCACACGGCACAAAUUUGCAUCAGCUGCAUGGAUUUUGCUUCACACUCAGUACUAAUGGGACUCCACAGUUCACUGCUAGAAGACAGACUGCAAGAAUGCGCCUCUUUUAGAGCAUCUGUUUUUCAAAGUACUCGCAGUCCAUAGUUCAGGCAGCUCAGCUGAUCUCAGUGCCAGCCUACAUCAGCUGAUGGCUCAGUUCAUCAGUAAAUGUGUGCUUGAAGCUGUUGUAGCCUUCUCAUAUUCUCUUUGCUUCUGCAAGCUACUUUGCAGCCCACCCCAUCAGUGAAAAGCUGGAGCCUUUCCGAGCUGUCAUAGGGAUAGAGGUGGGUUAUAUCUCCUGGACAUGUCACCAGCCUCACUCAGUCUCAUAUUCAAAUAAUUUACUAAUGACCAAAUAACCUAACCUGGAUCAUUUUUAAUUCUUACUGCAAAAGCAUGCACACUUCAUACAGGACACCCUCAGCUUAUUUAAAUGUGUGCGCUCUGUUACUCACCCACUUUGCUUUCAGGCUUUUUAGACAAUGAAAAUGAUUUUGUGUGACAGCACACAGGAGUCGCUCCAUCCUGUGACAGUGGUGAUCGGCGUCCCCGGGCCCUUUUUUGAUUUCACUCAUCAGGACUAGUUUUUUGCCUCUGAGGUGGAGCCAUCAUAAACUGCUCCAGGGAUUCACCAAACUCAACAUUUUUAAAGGGCUUCGAUGAAGUUGCAUGUUAGCGACAUGAACAACCAAAAAUGCGUAGCCGUGGACAUCAGUGUCUCACUUCUAAACUUUAAUAAAAGGUCCAGUUUUAUGCUUUUUGAAGCCGAUUUCCAGUAUUAUCAGAUAAUUGAAGUAAACUGUUUGCUGCACCUGUAAAAUUGAGUGCAGGGCGCACCACGCUCAGCACCGACGUGCCAUCUUGGUGAAGCUGCACGAGUAACAUUGUUCCUUUGACAGUGAUGUUGUUUGAAACAAAGGUUGGUCAGACCCAGAGCUGCACAGAGGAGCUGGAUAUUUUUGCGAGUUUGAUUUUCCAAAGCUGGUGAGAAGACAUGUACAGUAAUGCUAGACUUUAGAUAGAUACCUUCUGUUGUUUUUUGUUUUGCUUUUAUCACGAUGUAACGUAUGCAGCUGAUUGCUAAUAAAGGGAGUCAUCAGUCCUUGUUUUGUAGCAAAGAUACUUCUUGAUACUCUGCUGUGGUGGAUUAAAUACAAAAGGCAAUGUUUUCUUCUGUCUGCUGAUGAUUUGCCUUAGUGUUCUCUGGUACUCUUCAACUGGCUACUCACUGUAAACUGAAACAUGUACAGAUUGUAUUUUUUCUCUUGUUGUUCUUUUGGCUGUGGUCUCUGAAAAUGACAUGCUAAUAUCUUGAAUCCUUGUAUAUGUGUAAUUUGGAUUACAAAUUAAAACGUUUUUGCAUGUUUUUAUCUUUUUAUUAUGGGAAAACAAUAAUUUUU